CAGAUUUGCAUCCCUUUCCCAAGGUUAGCCAUCUUGUGACAGCUCGCUUCCAGCUGCUUGCAGAUACUGUUCUUUCUUUCCUUACAAAAUAUGGUCACGUUCUCCUUGUCAUCAAUCCAUCCAUCACUGCCAUCUGUAUCCCCAGCUGCUGGGUUUUAGAUUUUUUUUAGCAUCCCGUGCUUGUACUACAGGACUGUAAGAUCUCAGAAGUACCCUUGGAUUUUUUGAAUUUUCACCCCAAAAACACUUAUAGAACUGAGUGGAGCCCUGCAGUUCUUGUCCAGUCAUGCAGGUACAUCCCUUAACUACGGAAAUGAAAGGCAGCGUCACGUCCCUUGCAGAGGUUUUUGUCCGCUUGUUUAAAUUGAUUUAAAUGAGGUGGUUCUGAACCUCGUGAAAUGAGCAACUUUCUAACUAAGAAGCUCCAUCUAACACCUCUUCUGUAGCUUUCUUUUUUGUCUUUUUUACAAUAAGGAUGGUGAGGCACUGGAACAGGCUGCCCAGAGAGGUGGCGGAUGCCCCAUCCCUGGAGACAUUUCAAGGUCAGGCUGGAUGUGGCUGUGAGCAACAUGAUCUAAUUGUAGAUGGCUUUGUUUAUUGCAGGGGAGUUGGACUAGAUGAAUUUAAAGGGUCCCUUCCCAUUCAAAUGAUUCUGAUUCUGUUUUCUCUAGAGACAGUUGAUAGCGCCUUCAUCGAGUAUCCAAUAACCCGAUACUUCUAAGAGUCUUGAAUUUCCUUUUGCCUUUCAGGCACAAGUUUCCAGUCUGCUUCUUUGGUUUCUCCUCCCUCCAGUUUGUACAUAAGAGGUUCUCCUCCCUGUAGUGCCUGUCAUGAUGAUUUCCAGAACGAGUUCUCUGGAAUGUUUUCAUGAAGGGAAUGUUGAAAGUUUCAGAUCACUGCAUUCUUCACCGUAGCCAUCAACUUGUACUUGAGGAUCCUGAAAAUACUUUCAAAGAGCGGGAAAUACUUAAGGUUGCUGACCACUUGCCAGACUUCCUCUCCAAGCUGUUUAAAUGAGAAUGUCCCUGGCACAAAGAGUACUACUGACAUGGCUUUUUACAUUACUCUUCCUCAUCAUGCUGGUGCUGAAGUUGGAUGAGAAAGCACCAUGGAACUGGUUCCUCAUUUUCAUUCCAGUCUGGAUAUUUGAUACUAUUCUUUUAGUUAUGUUAAUUGUAAAGAUGGCUGGACGUUGCAAGUCUGGCUUUGACCCUCGCAACGGCUCCCAGAACAUCAAGAAGAAAACCUGGUAUCUCAUUGCAAUGCUGCUCAAAUUGGCCUUCUGCCUUGCCCUCUGUGCUAAGCUGCAGCAGUUCACCACGAUGAAACUAGCCUAUGUAUUUAUCCCAUUGUGGGCCUUGCUUAUUGGGGGUAUGAUUGAACUUGGAUACAAUAUUUUUUAUGUAAGAAGAGACUAAGCUGCGUGUCGCUCUCCAGUUGGAGAUUUGGUACCGAUUUGCUGGAUUAUUAGUUCUGCCACAAAUGUGAUCCCUAAGGCAGAAUGCCACCCAAGGAAACAUGCUGGAGACGUGACGUACGCCAGGCUGAAGACCAGCAGUAGACUUGUACCAUUUUUUAUUUUCAAAUGGUCGUACUUUCUCUUGUAAAUAAAAGUAUUUGUUCCACAUAA